UUUCUUUCUUCAACCUUCCUUAAUCAUGCCAUUAUCCCUAACAUCCAUUCUCUCAAAAUAAUCCCACUCUCUCUCUAAAAACCGUUCCCUUUUUCCCCUUUGAAAUUUCCAAUCAACUUAAACCCCGUUAUACCCGCUCUAUCCAACCAUCUAAAUUCCUUCUCCAUCAUUACCCUCUUUUUAUUUUCUUCUCUCUAGGGUUCUUCAUCCUACUUUAUUCUACCCGUCUCCCAUUUCUUCCAAAUUUUUCAAUCUUUCAUCAUGACUUCCGUUAGAAACAACUUUUUGCCACCUGGGUUGGUCUCCAAUCUUCAAGAUGUUUUGCUAAGCCGAAAGGGCGGCAGUGGCGGUGGCGAUGGUAAAGAAGAAGCAAAUGAUAACAAAAAUGAGAAUAAUGAAUCAAAUGAGCCGUCUACUUCUACCUCUGAUGAAAAUUUAACUCAAAUUGAAGAUAAUUCUAAGGCUAUUGUUUUGGUUACUAAUGGUGACGGUGUUGAGUCUCCUGGUUUGUUUUUUCUUGUUGAAGCUUUGGCUCGUGAAGGAGUUUAUAAUGUUCAUGUCUGCGCUCCUCAAUCGGACAAAUCGGUAUCGGGUCAUUCGGUUACUCUAAGGGAAACAAUUGCUGUGAAUUCUGUUGAAAUGAAUGGUGCCACAGCUUUUGAAGUUGCAGGAACUCCAGUGGAUUGUGUGUCCUUGGCAUUGUCAGGAGCACUGUUUUCUUGGUCAAAGCCUGUACUGGUGAUUAGUGGAAUUAAUAAGGGAUCAAGCUGCGGUCAUCACAUGUUUUAUUCAGGUGCCGUUGCUGGAGCUCGAGAGGCGUUAAUGAGUGGCGUCCCAUCUUUAUCAAUAUCAUUGAACUGGAAGAAGGAUGAUAGCCAGGAAAGUGAUUUUAAGGAUGCAGCUGCUGUAUGUCUUCCAUUGAUUAAUGCUGCUAUUAGAGAUAUUGAGAAGGGGAGUUUUCCAAAGAGUUGCUCUCUGCAUCUAGAAAUUCCCACAUCUCCAUCUGCAAACAAGGGUUUCAAACUGACUAAACAAAGUAUGUGGAGAUCCUCACCCAGCUGGCUAGCUGUUUCAGCUAAUCGACAUCCCUCUGCUGGACAUUUCAUGUCUAAUCAACAAAGUCUUGGCGUCCAGCUUGCGCAGCUCAGUCGAGAUGCCUCUGCUGCUGGUGCAGCCCGCCGUGUGACAACUCAAAGAAAGAAUGUGGAGAUCGAGUCGGUUGGGGCUGUAGGCAAAUCUGAUCCCAGUCGGGUGAAGAAGUACUUCCGUCUAGAGUUUCUGGACAAGGAGCAAGAAGAUACCGAUGAGGAUUUGGAUUUUAGAGCACUUGAAAAUGGAUUUGUUGCCGUAACUCCUCUGUCACAUCCGCCGCAUUCAGAGUCGGACACUCGUGCUGCCGUCUCAGAUUGGAUUUCUGGUGCACUUCAAGAGGAAAGCAAAAAUUCUAGUUAGACUUUGGACUAUAUAAACCAUUGAUUUCGUGUACAUUUUCAGUUGUUAAUUAGUUGAUCAAUUGAGAUGUGCCUUUUGUUUUAUUUAAUUUCACCCUUAAUUUAUUUUUCCUUUUCCCAAAUAUUUGGUGGAGUUGGGUGGUUUGUAUUGGGUAGUUGGUUGGUUUGGUUCUACAAAAUGUAAUUUAAAUUAUGGUUAAGGUCCUAAAUGAAUGGCCUUGCCUCUUUUUCUAUUUGUAUCUUUGUAUUUAUUUGUUAACAUUUGUUUGGUGAUUGUUUAUAUUGGAAACUAAUUAAAGAACUUUACUAA